CACAGAGCUGUGUUCCCUCAAUCAGAACAAAAAUACUCCAAAAACGUUGCGUAGAUUUAGAAAGAAAAAUGGUACCGGAGAGGCACGGCGGCGGACCGCCUCAUGGAAUCAUACUGGCGAUAGUCGUGGGGAUAGUGGUGCUGGGCCCGUACGUGUUUGGUGACCAAGGCGAGGCCAUAACUGGGGCGAUUGCAGAGCUGUUAAGUCCAGUCGGCCUCCUUCUCCUUCCCAUUGUCCUCCUCCUCACCAUCCAGUUCCUGUCCUCGGAGCGUGGAUCCUUCGUCUCCAGUAUUUUCACCACUGGCGAACCUGACUCCUUUCACCGGGUAAGCGGGUCACCAGUCGGAGUUGCGCUGUUCCUUGUUCUGAUCUUGUUUUUGCUUUACAAUCGGAUAUCCAUCUUCGGCGGAGACGAUGACUCCGGCGAUUGAAACCGCUGCUCCGCUUUGCAUGGAUCUGAUUAUCCUUCAUUUUCAUUUUGUAUACAGUACAGUACUUUCAUGUAUGACCGUUGAAUUUCCGUAAAUAUCCCAGGUUGUGGAUUUCAUUUCCUCGUAGCCGACAGCCGCAUUAUU